AUGUCUACUAAUCCCUCAAAUUACAUCUUUAAUCACACCAUGAUCCGUGUCAAGGAUCCCAAGGCCUCCAUUCAUUUCUAUACUGAAAUCCUUGGCAUGAAGCUUAUCACCAAGAGUGAUUUCCCUUCUAGCAAAUUUACCCUUUAUUUCUUGGCUUAUGUUGAUUCCGUUCCUGAGACUGAGGAAGAAAAGAGAAAGUUGGCAUUUAGCAUUCCAGGUGUUCUUGAAUUAACUCACAACUGGGGUACUGAAGAUCAAACUGACUUUGCUUAUGCUAACGGUAACCAAGAGCCUGGUCGUGGUUUUGGUCACAUUGCCAUUCUUGUUGACAAUAUCGAAAAGGCUUGUGAGCGUUUCGAGUCUCUUGGUGUAAAGUUUAUCAAGAAAUUAACUGAUGGCUCUAUGAAACACAUCGCCUUUGUUGCUGAUCCUGACAAUUAUUGGGUUGAGGUAAGGAUGGGUAUCGAAGAAAUAGAGAUAGCAUAUUAUUGA